AUAAUUGUGGGAAUGGCAGGCAUUUCUUCUUUUGGUUCUGUAUUCAAAGUGUCAGGGAAUGAAUAAUUGCUGUGAUAACUUAUUGGUCCACCAGCAGUGUAUAUCUAAAGACGUAUUUGGUGUGUAUUACAUCACACAGUAACUGUAUGAUUAGCUCAGAUGGGUGUGGUUUACACACACCGUCAUCUGAAUUAUGAGAAAUGACACAGUAUCAAGAAAGCAGAGACUCGUCGUCACUGCAACGGAGCACGUAGAAGAAUGGAAACUCGGAUUAUCAGUUUUGGAUAAAGACAUGAAGGGAAUGAGUCAAGCAGCUGUUCUCGUUGACAGGAACCAAAUGUCUAUCUACAUAUUCAGCAUUAACAAGCACAAUCUGCCAUCAGCGUUCAUCAAAUGCCCCAAAUCCCAAUCAUGACAACUGGAGGGGGAUUUACCACUUUUCGAUGGCUAUGCACCAUUUUUGGAUCAUUAUUUUAUUUAGGAGACAUUGUAUCAGACCUGUUGUUAUCUGUGCAGUAUUUUAGAAGCGGUCAUGCGACCUGGGCCGCACUGACUCUUGUGUUUGUUCUGGUCGGAUCUGUUUGCAUACAGAUAUUCAGCUAUGCAUGGUUCAAAGAUGAUAAGGAAAAUGAUGAAGUUGUUGACAAAGGUCUGUCCACUCCCCAUCUGAUCGGGAUACAUGUACUGCAGAUAGGCAUUUUUACAAGGUAUUACCAUCUCCUGAAGAAGAGUUUUAAAACCCUGUGUUCAGGCAAGACUCAAGAGGUGGAGCAGUUAGGCCUACACCUUUUCGCCCUCGCUACGGAUCUGAGCAUGCUCCGCAUGUUUGAGACGUUCCUGGAGAGCGUUCCUCAACUCGUUCUGCAGGUCUAUAUCAUACUGGAGCACAACCAUCGAUCUAAUCUGCAAUACAUUAGCAUGGCUGUGUCUUUCGUCAACAUAGCCUGGGCCACGGUGGAUUAUCGGCGGUGUUUACGGCGCUCUCUACCUCACAUUAAUGAGAUGCCAUGUGGAAUCCCAACAGCUGUCUACUUGUUCUACAAAAUAUUUACCAUAACCCCUCGAAUCCUCAGCCUCACCCUCUUCAUCAUGCUUUCCCCCUUCAGUACUCUAGCAAUGGCCUUGAUAUGGUUUGUGGGAACCACCUGGGCAUUUGUGGAGAAGACCGAUUUCUGCAUUUCACCAGUCCUUGAACAUCUUUAUCGAGCCAUUGUUGGAGUUAUCCUGGUUUUUACCUUCUUUAACAUUAAAGGAGUGAAUACCAGAGUUCCCAUGACUGUGUAUUAUAUUGUCAGUGUGUGUCAAAAUCUUGCUGCACCUAUUUUGUUGUAUCUGCUCAAGCCGGAGUCUGAAGGGACUGACUAUUUCAAGCCCAUUCUAUUUUUUAUAUUGAUAACAAAUUCACUCGGACUGGGUUUUCUGGCACUCUAUUACAGUCUCCUGCACCCUCGUGGAUAUGUGGCAGAAGAGAUAGACGGAAUAGAUGGACUGAAACAAGAGACAAAAUCAACUCGUUUAGAUCGUUUUUUACAAAUAUAAUACUCUUGAUCAUAAACUAAUAAAAAGGUCCAUAUUUAUAUUUAUGCUGGAAUUGGUCAAGUAUGAAGGAUCUAUGUUUAAAAAGCUGCUAUGGAAUGAUAUCUGAUUUUUCAGGUAUAAC